AGAUUCAGGAGCUAUGAGCUUAAGCCCAGAUGUACCUCAGGUACGGCUCUUGAAUAUUCAAGUCUAUAUUCACGGAUCCUGGCCGGAUAGCCCUGGCAGCUAAGGCCAUUCAAAUGAAGAGAAGAAGAAGAAGUGAUUCAACUCCCCACUUUCCCAGUUUUUCCACAGUUUCCCGCCAAAUGGCCAAAUUAUACCGUGGUUUCCCGCAAUAAACAGUUAAAAUUUUACACGUAGUAUCCUGGUAAUAACCUAAAUAUUUUUAAAUAACAAUAAGUAUUAAUUAUGGAAGUCAAAACCCAUGUUAAAGACGAGUUUAUAGAACGUGACAAAAGAUUGGUGGUUCUGCUGUCCACAGAAAUAGAUCUUGGAGAAUUAAAAGAUGAACCUGAAGACAACGCAGAAGAGACGACAAGUGUCUACCAGAAGACCAAUAAAAUGAAAAUUAUCAAAAGCGAACCAUGUAAUACAGAAAAACACACCAAUCCACAAAUCCAUGCGAGAAGAAGAAUAUACGAAUGUGAAAUUUGUGGCAAGCAGUUUUUCCACAAAGGAAAUAUGACAAACCACGUGAAAACGCACACUAAAGUAGAACAUAAAUGUCUAAUUUGCCUUAAGCAAUUUAAUAAACAAAGUAUUUUAUAUGGCCAUAUGAAAAUUCACACUGGACACAAACCUUUCGAAUGUCAUAUUUGCCUUAAGAAGUUUUUACGACUUAUCCAAUUGAAGAUACAUCUAAGAACACACACUGGUGAAAAGUUGUACGAGUGUGAAAUUUGUCAUAAACAUUUUGCUCAAAAAGUUUCUUUAAAAGACCAUCUAAAUCUUCACUUAGGUGAAAAGCCUCACGAAUGUGAAGUUUGUUUUAAAAAGUUUACUAAACAAUCUUCCUUAAGAACACAUAUGACGGUUCACACUGGUGAAAGGGCUUAUCAGUGUGACAUUUGUCUUAAACAGUUUAAACAGAGGAGUAGUUUAAAUGAACAUGUCAAAGCUCACAGUGGACAAAGACGUUAUAAAUGUGAAAUUUGUCUCAAGACGUACACUAAAAAAAGUAAUUUAAAUAAUCAUAUGAAAGAUCACACUGGGGAAAGACUCCUCCAAAAAUGUGAAAUUUGUUUUAAGCAGUUUACUCAGAAAAGUACCUUAAAUGAGCACUUGAAAGUUCACUCUGGAGAAAGGCCAUAUCAAUGUGAAAUCUGUUUUAAGAAAUUUACUAAAAAAUUCGGUUUAAAAAAACAUACGAGAAUGCACACUGGAAUCAAACCUUAUUCAUGUGAAACGUGCCUUAAAACUUUUGCUAGAAAAGACACAUUAAUUAAUCAUAUAAAAGUUCACUCAGGCGAAAGAUCUUAUUACGAGUGUGAUAUUUGUUCUAUGAAAUUUACUAAAAAUUGGAGUUUAACUCAACAUAAACGGAAUGUUCACGAUAGAGAAAAGCCUCAUAAAUGUAACAUUUGUUUUAGGGACUUUGCCACUACAUAUUCGUUACGUGUUCAUAUCAAAACCCAUACGGGAGAAAAAUCUCAUCAAUGUGAAAUUUGUCUUAAAAAGUUUACAGAAAAAAGUUCUUUAAAUGUCCAUAUGAAAGUUCACACUGGAGAAAGGCCUUAUCAAUGUGAAAUUUGUUCUAAAAAAUUUUCUACGAAAUCUGCUGUAAAAAAACAUUUAGUUGUUCACACGGGAGAGAGACCUCAUAAAUGUAACAUUUGUUUUAGAAACUUCCCAACUACACAUUCUUUAAGUGUGCAUAUCAAAACCCAUACGGGAGAAAGACCUCACAAAUGCAAAAUUUGUCUUAAGCAGUUUGCCGAAAGAAGUACUUUAAAAGGGCAUAUAAGAUCUCACACUGGAGAAAAGCCUCAUCAAUGUGAAGUGUGCCUAAAGAAAUUUAGUAGAAAGUUUAAUUUAAAUCAGCAUAUGCAAGGUCACAAUGCAGAAAGUCCUUAACUCUCGAGAAUUUUAUCUCCCGUUUAUAUCACACGGUUUAGCGACACGAGUAUUUGGAUUUUGUGAGGUUCAGUAUAUUCCUAAAAACUACCAACGUAUCGCUUGUACGUACAGAUAUUUGAUAUCGACAAAAUUGACUGGAAAAUGAAUCGUGACACUAAAGAGUUAUACUAGAUUACAACGAAACUAAAGAUGGAGUGUACACUAUAGACAAGAUGUGUGCCGCUUUCUCAACCACUAGGAUAACAAAGAAAUGACCGUGUAUAAUUUUGUUCGGUCUGAUAAAUAUUGGCGGCAUAAAUACUCGAAUCUUAUACAAAUUGGCCUGUCCAGCCGGGGCACCUACAUCUCUAUCGAAGAGUUUUUCUGAGAAAUUUGGCAUUGAACCUAAUGAAAGAAAAUCUUAUCUUUAGAUUGACCCUCAGACAUAUACCUCAAGAUGUGUCUUUUCUUCGAGGUGACUUAUGAUCAGGAGGUCGAACCUGCCGAAGAAGAACAAAAUAGAAGUCCUCUAAAGCGCGGUGUGCGCCGGCAAUGUGUAAUGGAGAAGAAGAGAUCCUCAGCUUCAAUGAAAUGCCGUUGUCAGUUAUUUACAUGCCAGAAACAUUCUGCCAUUUAGGUGGUUUUCAAUUAUUGUAAGGAUGAUCCUAGUCAAUAUAGUCUAAUCCUUUUAAAAUAUUAUAUUUUUAAAGGGUUUGCUUUUUUUUUAACAAAAAUAAAAAAUAUUUUGUUAAAAAUA